AUGGCCCCAGAUAUCGCUACCUUGAACGCUGCUCCAGCACAAACUGCUGUUGAAUCCAUCAAAUCAAAGCUUGCAACAGAAAGUGCAGGUAAAAGUCAAAAUGCAAAACCGUUGCAAUUGUCCGGAGUCCUGGACAAAUACAAGCAUUUUGAAGUCACUCCUGUGAUCGGAAGAGAAUUCCCUGAACUUCAAAUUCGUGAUUUACUCAAAGCUGAAAAUUCUGAUGAACUUCUUCGUGAAUUGGCAAUCAUCAUUUCGCGUAGAGGUGUUGUGUUCUUUCGUGCACAAGAUCUUACCCCGGAAGAACAGAAAAAUUUUACCGAACGAUUGGGCAAAUUAACCGGUAAGCCUGAUUCAAGCGGCUUACACAUUCAUCCAAUCAUCAAUGCCGAACGUGAUGGUGAACAUCAAGUUGUGGAUGAAUUUGGAAAUGUGAACAAAGAUGAUACCAUUAGUGUCAUCUCUUCCAAAUUCAGAAAGACGGCUUAUCAUGAAUACCGUAAAUCAGGCGCAGAUGAAUGGCAUUCAGAUAUCACAUUUGAACCUGUUCCGGCCGAUUAUACUUCUUUGAAAGUUCACACUUUACCUCCAACAGGCGGUGAUACUCUUUGGAGUUCAGGAUAUGAAAUCUUUGAUCUUUUGUCUGAUCCUCUCAAACGUUUUGCAGAAGGUUUGACAGGAUACUUUGCCCAACCUGCCUUUAACGAAACGGCUGCCCGUCAAGGCUUCCGAGUUCAUCCAGGUCCACGUGGAUCACCUUUGAACGUUGGCGAAAAGUUGGAAGCCCAUCAUCCAUUCGUUCGUACAAAUCCCGUAACAGGAUGGAAAUCAGUCUUUGGCGUUGGAUCUCAUUUCAAGAGCAUUGAAGGUUUAACAAAGCCAGAAAGUGAUUUAUUCAGACAAUACAUUUUACAUUUAGUCACUUCUUCUCAUGCCGCUCAAGUUCGAUUCAAAUGGCAACAAUCUGGUGAUUUGGCAGUUUGGGAUAAUCGUUCUGUAUUCCAUGCUGCCACGCCUGAUUAUGAUGGCCUUGGUGAUCGUGCCGGCGUUCGUGCUGUUUCACUUGGUGAGAAGCCGUUUUAUGAUCCAAAUUCCACUUCUCGUCGUGAAGAAUUGGGUGAAGGUCAAUUGAUCUAAGAAAAAGACUUACCCUGUCCUAUCAUUGUAUGCAAUCAUGAUGAAUUGAAUUCCAU